AUGAACGUUUGGAUAGCCGCGAGCGAUGGGAAUCUAGAGAAAGUCGAGUCGUUUUUUUCUGCCGGUUUUGGACCUGAAUCUAAGGAUCCUAACGGAUACACACCAAUACACGCAGCAGCAGCAUAUGGUCACAUCGAACUGCUGCGUAAACUGUGCUCAGCACCUUAUAGCGGUGAUAUAAACGUGCGAGACGGUGAUGGCGACACUCCAUUGCAUCAUUGUGAGGAUUUAACUACAGGUCGAGUAAUCGUGGAAGAGCUGAAUGCCGACUGGACAUUAAAGAACAACGAGGGCAAAACGGCGCUGGAAGUAUUGGAAGAAGAUGUAGAGUUUCCAGAACUGAUCGACUACUUGAGAGAGAAAAGUGGAGUUGUGCAACAGUCCGACGACGGCAUUGACAACGAACAAAUGGCACAGUUCAAGGACAAUUUGCGCUACACUUUGGAAAACGAGCCCGAAAGUAACGAUCCGGAAAGUUCAGCUCGUCGCCAAAAAAUACAGCAGAUUUUGGACGGUGGGAAUGCAGAACAGGAGCUGGAGCAGUACAUACGCGAGCUGAUACGGUCGCAAUGGACAGAGACUGAGACAGAGGACUCGGGUGCCAAACGCAGGAGGGGAUAG